AUGGCCGAUGAAGACGGUUCUGUUGAACCGACGUUAAAAGCGCAUCGCUGGGAGAUGUCCUCCUCCGCAUCUGCAGCUCCCACAACAUCGCGGUGGGGCGCGGGGACGCCACGGCAGCGUGGUGGCGACACCCCAAAAGUGGUCGUCAACACGGAGUUGUCGGCGUGGCGUGGGCAUGCAACACCAACACCGAGUGCGUACGCGAUGGAUCCUGCGAAGACCCCAACCAUGCGUGCCACUGGUGGUGCGACACCGGUGCAAGGAGGUCAAACUCCGAUGUUUGGUGGGCAGACACCGGUAUUUGGAGGUCAGACACCGGCAUUCGGUAGUGGAACACCCAUGUUCACGGGGGCAACACCCGCCGCUGGCAUGGCCUUUGGUGCAACUCCGAAUUACCAGUUUGAAGGGACAACGCCUGUGCAGUCCCACUUUGCGGGGGGUGAGUCACAAUCAGCUGUUACGGCUAACAUCGGAGCCCAGGCAAGGAAAUUGGAAAUGCAGUGGCGCGUUAAGAAUAAGCGUCUUACAGAGGAGUAUCUCGACUCGAUCCUUCCACCGGAAUUUAAGCUUGUGGAACCACCAGCCGAUUACAACCCACCGCCCACGGAAGAGCCUAACUUCUACGAGCUUGCCAGUAAGUCGUUGGAUGUCUUUGUUGUGAACCAAAACAGCGAUGCGGCAGCUUCUAUGACUUAUGAUAUACCAGAAAGUCUGGGAGACGGUAUGCCACAAAUGCAAACUCAAGAUGCGCCUGUUUUCGAGGUUCUGCUCAAGUACCAUAACGUGAACCCGAUACCUGACGAGGUGCUUCCCUCCUACAUGCUGAUGAAGAACCUCUUCAAGAUCAAGAAUGGCGAUACCAACCAACGGCGGAUCGCCAUGCGGUACUUGCUAGACAAGGCACGUAUUUUUGGGAGUGGACCUCUUUUCCAGUUUACAUUUCACGUUUGGCGUUCGGGAAUCCUCGACGUGAUUGAGCAACAUUACUAUGUGGACCUUGUGAAAGGUGCGAUUUCCAGGUUACAGAAAGACGUCCGUGGCUCGAGCAAGGAGAUCGUUCACAUGAUGGAAGUCUUGCUCUCCGCCCAGGAGCGGGUGCUACGAGAUGAUGGCAAGGAGGUUCUCAUUUUGCUCACGCGUGUGGUAGGCUAUGAAGCAGUUUUUGAGGCAAUUAAGGAGGACUUUGCCCACGCGGAAAGCGGUGUGCGUCGUCACACCGCUAAAGUUGUUGCAAUAAUAGCGUUUGCUGUGGGGCCAGAAAUAGCGAUAAAGAUAAUUCAUGGUAUGUCACUGUCUCCGGUUGCCCUCGCUCGUCAGACGUCUGCGCGGGCCAUAACUGAAAUGGCAACCAUCCUCAUGCACGCCAUCACUGGAGAAUUAGUGGAGCUUGUACCUAUUUUUGAAAAACUUCUGCGGGAUGAACCGCGGGUGAAACGGGAGGCCGCAAGCGCGCUUGCUCACGUGGCGGAGGCAACCUACCCUUAUGGAAUUGAGGAGUUGGAUUCCCUCGUUUAUAUUGUGCGAGAGGAAUGUAAGCGCGGCAUCGGUACCACCACGGGGUUGUUCGUCCGCGCGUUCGGUGCGCUCAUUCCGCUAAUGGCCCCAUAUGAUGCUCAAAAAUACACAUCAGAUAUGCUUCCAACGCUUGUAAAUCAGUUUAACACGCCAGACGAUGAGCAUCGCCGCGUUUUGCUUCAAGUGGUGCGACAAUGCGUCUCGGCUGAUGGAGUGACUGUGGAUUUCAUUCGUAACGUCAUCUUGAGGCCGUUUUUUGAAGGAUUUUGGACCAUCCGUCGCGUAGCUGCUGAUAGGAAAACAGCCGGUAUCCUUAUUGAUACGACGGUGGGAAUUGCACGGCGUAUUGGCAGCACGGAGAUUCUUCAAUACCUCGUUCAAGACAUGAAAGACGAGAAUGAGCAUUUCCAACGUAUGGUUGUUGAGACGGUAAGACGUGUUAUUGCAAACGUGGGUGCAGUUGGUGUUCCCGACACUCUUGUUGCGCUGUUGAUGGACGGUGCGAUCGCGGCCGUAAAACAGGACGAGACUGGCUUGAACCGUGUGGUGAUGGAAGGCCUGGCGACCAUCUGUAAUGCCCUCGGUACUCGCCUGAAGCGGCACUUACGGCAGAUAUUUGAUCUCAUAAAAAGCCGUCGCGACAUGCCUGGGAUGAUCCGGAUGCAGGCAGCCGAGCUGGCGGCUCGCAUUGCCACAACCGUGAAGGAUGCAGGAGGAGCGUUGUUCCUGCAGGAUCUGGGGCGAAGCCUCUUUGACCGCCUAGAAGACGACGAGGCCGCCGUGAUGAGUGCCAACCUCAAGGCAACACGUGUCAUCUUGGUGGAGCUUGGUGCUGCGAGGUACCAACCGCCAGUGCGAGAGCUCUUAAAGAAGUUGAUGUACAUAAUUCCGAAUCGCAAUAGCAAUGUGCAGCUGAACACCAUUUUACUUGUGGAGGAGAUCGCAACUAAUUGUGACGAGGACGUCGAGGCCAUUCACUUACAAGAGUUGGCGACGAAAGGGUUGUUUGAGCUCCUUGAUGCCCACCGUCGUGAAACACGGCGGGCAUGCACACGCACAUUUGGUGUUAUUGCGCGGAAGAUUCGACCAUUUGCCAUAAUCCUGGAGCUCGUCGAUAACUUUAAGCAGGAUAAACGUAAGAUUCGUAUUUGCACAGCGGUGGCCCUAGGGGCGAUAGCCCGCGAAUGCGGUGCCUUUACUGUUAUUCCUUACCUCCUGAACGAAAGCAAAAUAUGUGAGGGGGAGCAGGUGGCCACGAUUGUGCAGCACUCCAUUCUUAAGGCCGUUCGAUACAUCUUCGAAGCUAUUGGUGCAGCCGGAAAGGACUUUGUGUAUCCUCUCGUACCGCUGUUAGUGCGAGCACUGACGGAAAUGGAGAUCCAGCACCGGCGUAUGGCGGUUGAGGCAUGUCGGUCAAUUGUGCUGGCGGUCGCCGGCAACGACGGAUUCGAGGAUCUGGUGAUCCACUUCCUCAACUUUAUCCACCCCAACAUUGUGGAACUUCUUUCGCGGAACGAGACGAAAAUAAGUGAGGAGAGGCUUAAGAUGGUCACGGCGGUUGUUGGUUAUUACGAGGCAGCGCGCCUGGUAAUUGGUUCGGGGAAGUUGUUUCAGUAUUUGCUUCAGGGGUUAUUCCACCCAGCAAAGAAAGUACGUGACAUUUACCGUAGGACAUAUAACAUGGUAUAUAUGGCAAGCCCAGAGGCCCUUGUGCCAUAUUACCCGCGACUGGGGGAUGACAAUGAGCAUACAUAUGUACGGCACGAGUUGGAGGUGCUACUGUAA